CGCAUCCUCUGAUCAAUGAGAUUUAAUCGACAUCACCUGCUUUCCCCCCUCGAGCUCAUCCAGAGUUGUGUGAGGAAGGAGGACUGAUCUAAUUUAUGAAAAGUUUCAAGACAGCGAACUAAUCCACAAAAGGAAAGGAGACAUUAUUAUCGGGUUAUUUUUUUUGAUUCACCAGGAUAAACGUGUGAGCUAGCGAACUGAACGGAAUAAAAGGAUUGGGAUAAAUGAAGAUGCUUUGCGGAGUGCAUCAACGCCAACUCAUCCUGCUAUUGGCUGCUGCCAUGGCGACGGCCCUGGAUUCUUCACACAACCUGGCUAGCGAGAGGAGUUCGAUAGAAAGCACGUACGAGCUGACCAAAUACCUGGAGUAUCAGCUCAAGGAAAUCAAAGACAUAUAUCUGACAUACCUCGGCCCUCCAUUCAACGAGAAAGACUUCUCCCCUCCUCGACCCAACAGUACCUCUCUGACCCUGCCCAGCGCCGCCACCCGCCUGGAGCUGUGGCACGGCCUGGAGAACCAAGCUCGGCUCUCCCAGAACCAGAAGGCCUACUCCUUCCUGCUGGCAGCAGUCAGGGAGUUGGCCCGCUCCACCCUCUGCCCCUCCCUCAAGAUCUCCCUGUUGCACUUUUGCACAGGCCUAGAUGGGCUACUGGGCUCUAUAUCAGCGCUGAUGACCACCCUCGGUUAUGCACUUCCUCCUCCAUCUGCUUACGUGGCGAGUGCCGCCAGAGAGCUGCAGUUCCCUUUGAGGGGGGUAGGGGCCGACCGACCCGCUCCACUGAUGAGCCAGAGCCUUUACAGGUCCAGAGCCGGGACCAGGACAGAGUCCGCUCAGCGUAACAACCAAAGACGGAGCGGGAAGACGGUGGUCAGAGGAGAGAGGGAGGACGGUGUCAGAGUAGACCUGGUGGAGAAAAGAAGAGGGAGAGACGGGAGGAGAGCGGACACGACCGCAACUGGAGGAGGGAGUGGCGGAUCGAGGGAGAAGGGAAGAGGAGAAAGAGGGAGGAGAGGGAGAAGGGAAGAGCCGGAGAGACGGAAAUGGUCUCCCAGUGAAGACGAGAGAGUAGGGGAGGAGGAAGAUGAGGAGCUGGAGCGAGAAGUAGGUGAGGACGGAUGGAGGAGGAGAAGGUUGUUGAGUAUCAGCGAGGAUGGAGAGGGGAAGGAAAGUCAGCCUGAACCCUGGGGAGAAGUGUCGUACCCGGGCACAGACAGCUCCAGCUCCCUUGGACUAGCAAACAUCCAAACCCACAACAAUCAAUACAGCUACAACAUGAACUCACGUCACACGGACACUCUCAGAGAAGAAGAUGACUUUAUUGUGGAGGCACGCAGAGGGUUAACGGUGGAGGAGGAGAAGCAAACUUACAUGGAGGCUUCUUACUCCACUUUGCAUCAUCAGCGUCGGCCUGCUCGCUCCCUCCUCACUCCCACCCUCCAACCUCCUCUGUCCACCCUCUCCUUGCUCUACCAGUUUGGAGCAGGUGAGGAGCACACCCUCCUCUCCCAGCCGGUGCCUCUGUCUUUACGAAGGGGCACCUCCCUCCUUUCUCGUCCUCUAAAUCCGCUCCUUUCCUCAGCCGCCUCUGCCUCCUCCUCGCUGUUGUCGGUGCGGCCGACAAUGAACGACUUUGCCAGGAAAGUGGAGGGGUUUUGGAUAUUGAGGGAGCUGCAGAGUUGGCUGUGGCGGUCGGCGAAGGACUUUAACCGCCUAAAGAAGAGACUCAGAGGCUGAGACACGGAGACACACAAGUACAGUGUAUCGUAAAAAAACUAUGAUUUGCAUAAAAUCUGAGUGGGAACAAAUUGAGAGUUUAAACAGACAAAAGCACAUAAAAGCAUUCUUAAUUCAUUCAUUCAUACCGUACUGGAAUCAGUGAAUGAAGGAUGAUUUGGCAGCAGAAGCAUGAAUGGAAUAUAAAGCCAAACAUUACCAGCACUGUCGCCCCAUGAUGCACAUAGCGACUCAGUGAGCGAGACACACUGAGACUGGGCUGAGUUACCGGACUUCACGGCUCAUAGAUCAACAGACAUACCACUGUAGGUGGUUAGACUCACACACACACACACACACACACACACACACACACACACACACACACACACACACUGCACACGGGGGUAGGCCAAGUGACAGGCAGACAGACAGUGCAGCCAUUGAGUGAAAACUGAUUCAGUGACCUCCAGAUGUGUGAAUCAGCAAACUUUCUCGAAAAGGAAGAACACUUCUGAAUGGGUAAAAGACAAAAGGAGAGGAGGAAAUGGCCAAAGGGAUGAAGAGGAGGGGAGGAAAUGGCAAGGAGAUGAGAGGAAGGCGGGAGGAGGCGUGAGUCAGGACAUGAUCACUGGAAAUAACGGGCAGAGGGGUGCUGCUGAGUAAUCAGAAGUCGGCUGGUCAGUUACAGUAACUCUACAACAGCGCUACACAUACUGUCCAGACAGAGAGGUGGUCAAACACACAGACGCACACACACACACGAACACACGCACACGUGCACUUAUUGUGAUUUUUGGCGCUCAACCAUUCACUUCUAUGCUGCUUUUGAUGCAGUGCGCACUCAUUUGUGCCACUUUUUUAAUGACUUUACUCCAUAACAACAAAUAUUUAAUUUGAAAUGUUUUAGAAUGUUAUAAUUUCCCCUAUGAAAUACCACCGUUUUGUGUUUUCUGUAAAAAUAAGUAUACUUUGACAUUUUGGGGAAUAUACAUAUAUGCUUUCUUGCUGAGACUAACAUUAGAAAAUCAGCAUGUUGCAGUCUUGGAAACAUCCGGCACAUAAAACCAUAAAACUACAAAUGUCUGUUAAUUUGACCCUUUACAGAUGAUGGUGGCAUGUAACUCCCUCUGUCAAGUCAUUUUGUGUACAGUUAUAGGUAUUUGACAUUUUACAUUCAUAUCCAAAGGACAGAUAUGAGAGUGGAAAUACAUCUACACAUCUAACUCUCCGAAAGAAAGCGAAGGUUGUCAAACUAUUUCUUUAAGUAACUUCACACAUCACGACAUGAAACAUUGGCCAAAUGGAUGAGAAUCUUUUUUGCCUUUUAAAACAUGAAAUCAGAUACUUUCUCCAAUAUAAAAAUGUCUUCAUUCAUUUUUCAGAAAAUGUUCCAUUUGUUAUGUCUCUACAAUGUGCCUUGAUGAUGUAGCUAAAGGUUAUGGAUCAUAUCUCUAUAAUAUUUAUUGAACAAGAUGUUUAUUUAUUUUCUCCGCGGUGUGAAUAUACUGUAUUGUAACUCAAAAGAAUAAAUAUUAGCUUUUGUACAGAG